CCACCAAUUCCCAUGCGUCGUUCUAAACGUCCACGCAAGACCAAUCCCAAAUACGCCAAUGAUGGGUGGAACAAAGAGACUCUCAGAGUCCUUCGAACAGACUCUCAGUCCUCUGGCUCGAGUCCAUCGGACCAGUAUGAAGAAGAAGACUCUGGCAACGAGGGCAAUGGCACGUCAUCCGAGGCCGAUAAUCUUGCCUCUCGUGAUUCAUCAUUACAGCCUUCAAACCCUCCGUUUUCCGAAGCAGAUGACGGAAUGACCUUGUCGUCCGAUAAUGAUACCGCCUUCCCAAAACAACCCAGGGCUCCACGUCAACAACACCUCAACUCCACCAAGCUUGAAACCCGGUCUCGUGGCCUUCCCAAAGUCGACAGGCCAAAAGACUAUUCCCUUUUGUUCAGUGACCAGGCUGAAGAUCUUGCUGGUGCUAUCAGUGCCCGGGAUACCUGGUUAAAUAGCCGCGACAUUACCCUUCCAAGUCGAUCUACUCUAGAUGACAUGAUUCGGCCGGUCGAAUCAUCCGCGGACAGCAUCCCUACCAAAGACGACAAUGUCUUCCAGCAAAUAUUUUCCGGUCAACUCACCCAAUUGGUUGAUACCGAAACAGAAAAGCAGAUUCACAGCUUCAACAAGAACACCCAGCCCCAUGGGAUCGUCCUUGGUCCCGAAAGUCGACAACACAAAUACCAUCUUGACCUAAAUUGUGCCGUCGACUUCGGGCUGGCAUGGACUAGAGAACCUGUAAGCACGAGGUAUGAGAGUGCUCAUCCGGCGCCAGAAUCCCGAUACCGCGAAGGUUGGUUGAUCAAUCUCGGAGAAAAGGUCCAAACACUUGCUUGGGCACCGUCUCAUACUGACGGCUCUCAAUUUCUUGCCGUCUCAGUACGUGCCACUCCAACACAGAGGCAUGUUGUGCCUCAGGACUUCAAUCAUUCUCCAGCAUUCCAUCCAUCACCCCCAUACUCAGCACUGAUACAGAUCUGGCGAUUCGACACCCUAAACCUGCCACAAGCCUCUCUUCGGACUCUGAAUAUGAGCGCUCAUCCACGAGUUGCCGCCAAUAUUUUGGCAGAUUGGGGUGACAUUCGCCAGCUUGCAUGGCGUCCGUUGGAUUCCUUGCCUCAACCUGAACUUUCCAAGGAGAAGAUCAAGGGCUGUUUCCAGGGUGUACUCGCGGUGUUAUCCAGUGAUGGACAUGUUCGUACUCUUGCAGUGUCCAUCCCUUUAGAGCAAGAAGCUCGUCCCGUGAAUUUGCUGGCCAAGAAAACAUUCCAUGAUUUCUUUCUUCCCUCAGACGCCAUAUUCACGUCUCUCGCCUUUGCAUCUGCAACAGAUCUCGUCCUAGGGACGUCUUCGGGGGAAAUUCAUGUUUACGAUCUUUCGAUACCCUCCACGACAGCUUACUUCUCUCAUCACGUUCAUGCUACCUAUAUCAUCUCACUUUCUUGCGCCUCUUCCACGGAUUACAGCCUAGUCCCAUACGUUGCAUCGCUCUCUGCUACCGGUAUUCUUACCUUGACCGACCUGAGAAGCCCAUACUCUGAUACAGUCUCUAUCUAUCGAUCGUCAUUUCCCAUGCCUGGCUCUCUGAUGUACAAUCACUUCGCUCGUGGCUUUAUAACCCUAUCUGAUACAGCCUCAUCGCAGAAUGCAACCGACUCCACCAGCACCAUCAACUCCUUCAGCCUGCGUUCAUUCCAUUCCAGCACUCGGGUCGCCAAGCUUCCGGAAGACACUGGAGCUGCGACCAUCCUCGCUGGCAGCAUUUGGCAUCCCUGCAUUCUGGCAGGCACAUCUCGGGGAGAUCUGUACGCCACCAAUCAUUUGUGGAAAACACUUCCUCAGACUCGCGGCGAUUCACGGUUGACGACGACCUCACAACGAUUGGCUGCAUCACGAGGAGUACCCGUGUAUCUGCAAAUGGUAUGUGGAUAUGAAUGGCGGCCAGUCGCGCGUGCCAUAGGCGACGACGGACAGGUUUCUAGCAUGACGCUUCCUGCAGCGUCCGCGGAUACCGACCACACCACGUCAGAUCCUUCACAUAGACUCUACCACGGCAACCCAACCCGGCAAGGGUUAUCUCGGUUUAGCGAAGGAUUCUUGCCGACUAAGAUGGACCUCGGCCACACUCCAGCGUCCCGCAAACGUUCGUCUAAAACAAAAACCGAGGCGGCUGCCGCUGGAGGGCCUGGAGACACCUUGUUUGAAGAAGAGCAAGCCCUCACAGCACUCGACUGGAACCCAAAUCAGACAUUCGCCGGUCUGGCCGCCGUGGGGUGGGCCAGUGGGAUCCUCCGCGUGCAGGAUUUGACACACGAUUAUGAUGGCAGUCUGCAGGGGGGAUGAUAAUUGGUAAUAAUCAUGGUAUCGCUCGCCUAACGAGAUAGACGCCCUGUGUCCUGUUUGUGAUGUUUACAUGAGAACUGGGUGGCAUGCAGACAAUGUACAUCCAAAUCCAGUGCACCAGCCUUUUACGAGGCGACGGACAUUUUACUUGACGACGACUCAAUUAGGACGAGACUUCAGUUACCAUGAGGUUUUACGCUUUAAUUUGGUUCAUGGAUUUCGGAAGCCCAAUUCGUCCUAUUGCACAUGUCUCAUGGUUUCAUCUCUGAACAGCAUAAGCCCGCCUUCAAGCGCCCUGGUGCAGCUCCAAUGGACAAGAAGUGCUCUGAAUAUGGAUCCUAGACCAAUGCCCCUUUUCCGCCUGAUGCACUUUUGCUCCCGUCAUCUCCUCUCAUUCUUCUUCUCCUGCUUUCUCAUCUCCUGCCCACUCCUCUUCUUCUCCUCGCUUUCGGCCCGUGCGUAACUCCGGCCCUACCCUUUGAUGGAG